UUGUUUGGGUUUACGCACUGAGCGUUUAUCGCUGGGAGCCGAUGUCCACCGCGGUCCUUUAACCUGGACCCUGCAGUUUUGACUCGUUGCCAAACCCCGGAACAACUCCUCCUCCGACGCCUGUGUGUUUCGCCACUCCCUUUCAGGGCCGUCGCCUGCCUCGUUUCUAACGUUAUCGGACCCCCGACGCUGGCCUGCUAGUUAGCAAACAAGCUAACGAUUGCCACAUUUCCCCUAUGUCCUCUGAAGAAGGGCUGAGCUCAACGAUCACGGAUUGGCUUUUAAUCAACUCCUGGUGGCUCCUUCUGCCGUUUGUCAUGCUUCUUGUGGUCGCUGCCUUCAUUGUCGCAUUCGUGUUGCUGUUGUACAUGAUAUCGCCACUUAUUAGCCCCAAACCGCUGAAACUGAACGGGGCCCACGUCGUGGUGACUGGGGGUUCAAGUGGGAUCGGGAAAUCCAUUGCAAUUGAGUGCUACAGGCAAGGAGCAUUCAUCACUUUGGUGGCACGGGAUGAGGCUAAAUUGCUUCAAGCGAAGAAAGAGUUGGAGAAAUUUGCCAUCAAUGACAAACAGGUGGUGCUUUGCAUAUCCGUGGAUGUUUCCAGUAAAUAUAGCCAGGUGGAAAGUGUGAUAAAGCAGGCUCAGGAGAAGCUGGGGCCUGUUGAUAUGCUGGUGAACUGUGCCGGGAUAUCCAUUUCUGGAAAGUUUGAUGAAAUGGAAGUGGACCGUUUUAAAAAACUGAUGGAAGUGAACUACCUGGGCAGCGUGUACCCCACACGAGCCGUCAUAACCACCAUGAAGGAGCGAAGACGGGGCCGCAUCAUGUUUGUGUCCUCCCAAGCAGGCCAGGUCGGCUUGUUUGGAUACACCGCCUACUCCCCGUCCAAGUUUGCCCUGCGUGGCCUGGCAGAAUCUCUGCAGAUGGAGAUAAAGCCAUACAAUAUCUACGUGACGGUGGCCUACCCCCCUGACACUGACACUCCAGGAUUGACUGAGGAAAACAAGUCGAAGCCUCUGGAGACCAAGUUAAUCUCUGAAACCUCGGGAGUCUGUCAACCUGACCAAGUGGCCAAAAUCAUUGUUCGCGAUGCAGUGCAGGGGAACUUCAACAGCUCCGUGGGGCCCGAUGGCUACAUGCUAUCAGCCCUCACCUGUGGCAUGUCACCCGUCACCUCCAUCACAGAGGGCCUCCAGCAGAUCGUGACCAUGGGACUGUUCCGGACCAUCGCCCUCUUCUACCUGGGCAGCUUUGACAGCAUUGUGCGGCGCUGCAUGAUUCAGAGGGAACAGUCGAAAGCAGCUGAAGAUAAGAGGGAGUAACUGCAGCCGUAGCUUCGUCACAGCCUAAUGCCCCUCCUCCUCCUCCUCCUCCACCACACCCCCUCCCAUCCCACCCCCUCCUCCAGAUGUACAAGUGCACAACUAUAGGUGGGAGGGGGGGGGGGGGUGCAUUCCUGAUAUCAAAAGGUGGGAGGAAAGAAAGUGGCAGAUGUUUACUCGUUGCUUGUCCAGUGACAUAACUUCUCCACAGACUUGAGUCAUUUCUAUUUUAUUUGUUCAAACCUCUCGGAGCAUUCCAGUGACUUUUCAGUUUCGUGUGUCCACCUGCUUCUGUUUGUGGGAGCAGCCUUUCAUUAAGAGAAUGGGGCAGACUUAACAUCGGUUCUCAAGGAAGUCUAGGCUUCAUGAGCCACUGACGCCAAGUCAGGCCUACACUUGCACAGUGCGUUUUUUGGGGGGGGGGGGGGUUGCACAGAGGAAAAGCAACAGAUAGCCUGUCUGACCGGUUGUGCCGAUUACAGUUGAUAGUUGGUUCCCACCAGGGGCGAUAGUCAAAACCAGAAUAGUGACUAUCAGCUACCAUUUUGGUUUUUAUACAUCACAAAACUAGGUCCCCCUCGUGAGUCACGUCACUCAGAAAGGCCCCUCCUCGCUACCUGUUUCAUACCAGUGUCUUUGCUGGCAAAGCACCUCACUUCUUGAAUGAACAUCCUCUCCGUUGGAAACCAGUUGUGACCCGCAGUGUUGUGUGGUGUCGUGUGAUGCGUCGUGGUUGUGCUCUUUGUGUUCAGCCUCGAUGUGAGACAGCAGGACUCUGCGGUGAUGUCACAGGGAGCAUGUGAUGAUUUAUUUUUUGUUUUACUAAUGCAAAUACAUUUCCAGUAAAUUAUAAUAUUCCAACAUUGUAGAUGCAGUAUGGGGACAGAUAUUUUUUGAGUGUGUGUGUGCUUUGUGUGUUUUGCUGUGACUGAGCCAACCCCCCCCCCCUCCCUCCCCCUGGGGAGAGAAAAGCCAUUAGUUUUUAUCGUCUGGGGAAAACUCACCAAAUAUUUUGUUGUCGGCCUCCCAUCUUAUUAAACUGGGAGAGGAAAGCAGGUACGAUGGGUUGAAGCCAUGCAAUCAAAAGAUGAAGAGACAAACAAACAAAUAGACCAGCACAGGUAAAUACAUUGUUGACGUGUGAAUCACCUGUUCAAUACAGUUGUUGUUGUUUCAUUGAACAUGUGCGAGGGGGGGGUGCACACAUUCAGCUGCCCAAGCCAGUGAAGAUCCAUAAUCUGUUGAUGGCGGCGGGGGUCGGGGCGAGGCUCGCCGGUUCGGGUCUCGUCCCCGGCGGUCCGGUGGGGGCGCUCGAGAUUUGCUUAACAUAAACACUGAAACGGUAGAGAGACGUGUAGACCUGCAGUCACCGUGUCGUACACAGUCUGGACUCUGCCGCUCCCUAAAUGACUAUCUAUUCCCACCUUUUAAAAAUUAAAAUAAAAAAAGCGACAACUUUGUAUUCACCGCACGUGUUUCCAUACGUUUUGCAUUCCGAGGCGGUAAAAGGAGAGCGUCGACUCCUGCGAGUCUUCCUUCUGGUCCGCCACAAACUAGAGAGAAGGCUUUAAUACAAACCAAUCAGAACAUCUUAGUUUCUUUUAAAUAAACCAAUAUUCAAUUGCCAAAAUGUGUUGAGACAAUUUCUGUAUGAUGCAUGUUUUAGAUGUUGCUGCUCUGUUGGCGUUCGUUCGGGCGCCCGUUCUGCGCCUUAAGUCGUGACUACUGAUGAGGAUGAUGCUAGAAGGAUGGACCUGUCCACGCACUAUUGUGACUUUGCCCACCUGUGGUUUACUAGUUCAUCUCAUACGUCAUCUUUAAUACUUCUCUGUGUGAAAAUUCCAGAUGUUUUGUCAAUUCCCGGUCUCCGCGUGUCAAAAAGGAGCCUUAGAAGUCGUGACGGUGAGAAUGGACGUCUCGUGUUGUGAUGAUGUUCUCAUUAGAAGUUGGCUCAACGGCAUAUCGUCCUGCACUCGAGAGUUUCUCAAUAAAUUUCCGUUCAUUGCUUUCAAAAGUUGUCUUUCACUUUGAGGCGGCAACACAUUGUCGAUGGAACAUGUAGCCCACCUGUAAGAAGCAGUCUUGGUUUAACCUUAAGCUAUGCAAAUGAAGCUCACGCUACCAUCAACAUAGUCAAGAUGUAAGUUCUAACAGUCUCGCGGUAGUUUCCCUAUUUAAUGGAGUAAUCAUCAAGAUACUUUGAUAUGGAACAUGGAAGUCAUAAUGCCCUCUUUCGUUUAGUUCUUUCUUGCUUUUUACCUGUUUUCUGCCAAAAAAAAAACACCUUCACCUUGUGUGCCAUUGAAAAUAAAUGUGAGAAGUGGAAUGUU